UGAUUCGUCAAUCUGGAUCUGCAGGUGACAAUCGGGUUUACCAUUGUGGUGGACGGCUUACCCGAAACACGCUAUGAGGAGAACUCCGCAUACUGCUCCACCCAGCCACGCUAAUGGGGUCUCCUUCUCCUCUUCUUGGCACGCUUACAUAUCAUGACCAGCAACACAAUCAGUGCAGGGAAGGCUUAUGUGCGCCUUGAGCUGAUCCUCGGGGGUAAUCUAGUAUGCUAUUUUCUAAUUGGUGUUUUGCUGACGGAACAGUCCAAGAUUGAGUUCCGUGUGGAACAGGUUAGCGUGCUGGGAUUAAAUGAUCUUAGUAAAUAUCACCGCGCAACCUCACCUCUCAACCUUCUGUGGCCUUCUAUCCUCCCUCCCAUCGUUCUACGAGUGGUUCUCGCCCUAGUAGACCACAACUUGGCGAUUUUGAAGGUCGCUUGUAACUUGCGAUCACAUUUCAAUUAGAUUUGGUUCACCUAAACAUCGCUGGGAGUAUCUUUCACUCGCAAUUGUCCGCACCAUCUCUCAUCAUGGCUCCUGAGCUAGAUAGCAGCGUCAACCCACCACCAGCCCCAGGUA